UAUCUUACCAUCUCUCAUUUCUACAUACUUAAAUUACUGAUUAUAUGUCCUCGAUAAUAAUGGAAUGGACUGGCAUUCUGAACAACUGGGACGGUGCAGACCGCCCGCUGUUCAUUCAGCGGGUCCCUGCCCAGUUUCUCUCCCCUUCAAAAGUCAGAACUUGGGGAUCCUAGAACAUCUCAAACGUUACAGCUCUUUUCUGCCACAACUCAUGCAUGAGCUCACACCCAGGGAUUGGAACCAACUGGCAAUUUAAAUAGGAUUGAAUGCCGUGUAACUGUUGGUUAAAAUGAAGCAGAGGCACGUGAUUCAGGGGUAUAUCUGUUUUCGACACGACCAGGACGCGGUGGCUUUAAAGUCAUCCAUCCCGUUGCCAGUAUCGUCAAAAGCAGCAACCAUACCCAUCCCAAUAUUGUCACGAUAGGUGGCUCCAAAGUGCGAUGGAUACCGUCCAUAACCCUUCCCAAGACAUCCCUUCCGAGGGCCAGAAUCACCAUGAAUCCAACAACCAGACAACAACUCACGAUGCAAACGAGCCCAAGCUUCACAAGACCCUUGACAACCAACGCACCAUCACCCUCUCAAGUGCUCUGGACCAAGAGGAAGACAUGAGAAUGGAGUUGCAAUAUUUGACAAAAAUGGCAGACCUACUUACAAAUUUAUCAAUCGAAAAAGAGCAGAUCCGAAAGCUUGUUGCUUCUCAUUGCGGGUUAGCCAGUCCUGAUAUGGUUCAAGUGCCGGAUAUGAUUGACUCAAAUAACCACCUGACGUGGUUGUAUGGAAGCUUCAACGUGUGCAUCCCAGUGCGCAUCAACACUGGAUCACACCUACCUGCAAAAAUGGCAUUCAGGGUGCCUUUGCUACAUAAGAUUGGUGAAGAGGCGUUCCCUGGUAAUGCUGAAGAGAAAGUGCGGUCCGAGGCUGCAACCUACAUCUGGAUCCAUGAGAACUGCCCGGAUAUACCAAUUCCAAAUCUGCGUGGAUUUGGCGUCCCUGGUGGCCUUAGUUUCUUCCAGCCUAGCUUCGUUCCACUCUGGCAGAGGAUCAGGACCCAUAUCUGGCGCUUUUUCUAUAGUCUGUUUCGAAGUUCAGACGGGAGCUAUGCGUCUUUUUGCAAAUACAUCCCACAAAAGAGGACUACAUUCUUUGAAUAUAGUUAUAUCCUGAUUGACUGGAUCGAAAGUGACGACUCGCAGAUCCUCGCGUAUACAUGGCAGCAGCCUCAUACAGACAAACAGACUGAGAAUCUAUACAGGGGCAUUUCAAAAGUUAUGAUUUCUCUUGCUAGGAUCCCACAACCCCGAAUUGGCUCUUGGACCAUCGAUAACGACGGCCGACUAAGUUUGUCCAAUCGUCCUCUAUUCCUUCAAUUCCAUCAACUGGAAAAUUGGGCUAUUCCAACUAUCCCGCGAAACAUCACCUACUCAACUGCUGAUAGUUUCUAUCUUGAUUUACUUUCUUGCCAUGACAGCCGACUUCGAUAUCAAAAAAAUUCUGCCGGUAGCGAAAAGGAUACACGUGAACAAGCCCGAGAUCUAGUGAUGAUGAGAGCACUUCUUCAUGAAUUUACCAGACAACACUCCCGGAAUGGCCCGUUUGUCAUGCAGCUGACUGAUCUGUAUCUUGGAAAUAUCUUCGUGGAUAAGGACUGGAAUCUCAAGCAUGUCAUUGAUCUUGAAUGGACAUGCUCUUUGCCACUUCAAAACCUGUUGCCUCCGUAUUGGUUGACAGGUAAGGGCAUUGAUCAACUCGAAGGCCCAGAGUAUGGACCUUUCAAGACAUGUUACGAAAAGUUUGCGGAGAUAUUUGAAGAGGAAGAAGACAGGGCAGGACAACUACACCACAAUGGACACCACCUGUCUCGGGCCACGAGCUUGAAAAGUGCCCUAGAAGAUGGUCGAUUCUGGUACUUGGCCGCACUCCGAAGCCCAAAGGGUCUGUUCAACGUUUUCAGACAACAUCUAAUACCAUUCUAUGGACUCACUAACGAAUACAAAUGUCUCGCGGAGACUGUAUCUUCAUUCUGGACACCUGGAAUGGCUUCAUUUGUGGAAGUGAAGAUGAAAGAACUGGGCCAGUACAAACAAGAGGUUCGGGAUAUUUUCGAUGAUAGUGCAAAGAGUGGGCAUCCUCGAUUCUCCCCCACAUAGCCAUGGUUUUGUUACUUGCUCCCACAUAAUGGAACGGUUCUACAAACUUCUAAUUUCCCCUAUGGCGUCGUGCAAGAGCGUCAUGACCACUUUUGCUCACGAUUUGGGCUGCUUGGGGAUUCUGGGCUACCCCUGCGCUGAAAUUCUCUCCUGUCCUUUCUGAUGCUGCCGUAGGUAGUGCCCUACCCGUCAAGGCUUGUAAUGUUAGCUCUCUGUCCCUUUUGACGUGUUCGGGAACCGUAGUAUCGCCCGUUGUAUUGCUUUCAGCAGGAUCGUGAGUGGUAGCAACGUUAUCAACUCUUUGUUCAUAUGUAGAGUCUUUAGUAGUGCUUGCUGCCUGGAUCGAGGAGUCCAUGCUAAAGGCACUCAUCAGUUGAGGCUGAUUAUGCCCAGACUGAUUGUCAGAAUCUGGGCUCGACGAGUACGGGCUAAAGCGACUAAUCUCUUCAUGCUGAUUCUGCUGAGGCUGAUUGUUGGUUGUCUGGCUAGAGGGAGGGUUUCCUUGCCUGGCUCUGUUGAGCCUGCGGCGGGGAUCUUGCAUGACGACUUCCUGUCUUGAACAUUAGCUACGGUUAUGAGUGAAGAGAUGCUGUGUGUUGUCAUACCGUGAGUUCAUACCGUGAGUUCUUUCGCAGAAAGAAAAGGUUUUAUCUUGCUAUCUUGCUAUCUUGCUAUCUUGCUAUUGAGAUCUCUUUCGAUUCCUGAUUAAGACCGGAAGCGUGCAAGCAAGGCAUUUUAUACUUGACAGGGCAAUGAGCUGUUGCAUAUUUGCCUCCCCAGGUAAGGUACCUAGGGAGGUAGGUAUAGUAGGCAAAUCUAAUCUUAUGAUCUUUGUUAGAGGGUUUUCUUUUGCGUAUAGUUGUUCCAAACAUAGUCAGGGGGGAGAAUGAUAUGAAGCGAAGCAUGAAACCGACCAGUUUGCAGACUCACCUUUCACCUCAAAGUUGUCCAUUCUAAUCCGUGCCAUUUCCCCUAGGCUGGAUUAAAAUGGGAAUUCUCACUAUAUUGCCGCCCAAGUCUUUUCUUCCUUUGUCAUAUGGCAUUGCAUCAUGGUCUGAGCAACCCCACCCAGCUCAAAGUUCUUGGUGUCUUCGUGAAUCCUUCGAAACAAGAUGUUGGAUUGUUUGCGUGGCGGCUGUGUUUGGAAUUGAUAUUUCAUAUCAAUUCGUCAGCAAUCAUAAUAUGCAAAUGAAUGAUAACUGACCUGCUGAGCAGUGAUGGCCCUGUUUCAACCUCAGAUCCCCUGAGCACAUACAUGCCCAGGUGUUGUUGUGUCAUGCUUCAGAAAAUCCCAACAAUUGAAAUUGAAACAAAGGUGUGUUGAUAUGUGCUUAUAGAUAUUAACACAUAGCCUUGUCUUGUCUAAGUGGCAUGAAAAAGAUGAUACGUCCAAUUCAAUCAAUAGAGCCAAAGUUAAACCAUUCAUCGUACCAGAGCGGCUUUUUCAUCAUCCGAACCCGUAUGCUCGUCAUCUUCUUCAUACUCAUCCCCUAGCUCGUCCUCUCCCUUUUGGCUCUCCUCCUCUGAUUCCUCCUCCGAUUCUUCACUCUCCUCGCUCUCAUAUUCCGUACUUCCUUCUUCGUCCUCCUCAUCUUCCUCGCUCUCCUCACUCUCCUCUUCCGCAAGCCAAUCAUCCAACGUCUUCUUCCCAUUCCCCAUUGCAGUCCCAUUCUGCCUAACCCUCCCCGUAUCAACAUCAUGCUCCCUGAGUGCAUGAUCCAACCUCUCGCCAGCCGUCAAAUUCACCUUCUCAACAAACCCAGCUCUGCUGCUGGCACUAUCGUCGCGUAGUUUGGGAUCAGGCUCUUUUCCAGCCUCGACCCAGUCCGGAAGAGGUUCAUAGCCACGCAAACCAUGGAUACCGGCAUCCGGCCCUAUGACCAGCGUAGAUGUGCCGAGGAGCAGGCCCUUGCGCGUUUCGGAUGGGGAAGGAGUAAAGGGGACUGGUUUCGGGGCAAGGAGGAGGAGGCUAGCGAGUUGUGUGGAGCUCGGAACUGCGAGUAAAGAUUUGUAGAGGCGGGCGCGAUCGCGGAGGUCGUAGGAGGUAUCAUAGCGGGCUAGGAGGAGGAUAUACUGCCAUA